UGCCUCCGCCAUUUCGAAGCACAUCGAGGAGAGAGAAAGUUCUAGAGAGAGAGGAGAGAGGAGAGAUGUUUGAUGCGGGGGAUCGCGGCGGAGGCGGCGGGGUGGUGGCGGUGAAGAGGAUGAAGCUGUGCGAGGAGGAGGAGGAGGAGGAGGAGGGGAUGGAGGUGGAUGAGGAGGAGGAGGAGGUGGGGUGGGUGUGGAGGCCGCCGGGGGGGCUAGCGGGGGAGGAUGAGGCGGCGGCGUGGGAGGGGAGGGCGGCGGCGAUCGUGGUGUCGGACGCGGUGGAGGUGGAUUUCCCGGUCAUCUACGUCAACGCCGCCUUCGAGGCCGCCACGGGGUACCGCGCCGACGAGGUCCUCGGCCGCAACUGAGGGCCUAGAGAAGCUUCUCACAUUACUCUGUUGACUCAAACUUGUUUCAGCCGAUUCUUACAAUUCCGGGAUCCACGUGCCCAAAGACGACAUCCGCUUGUUGAUCCCAUGGUUGUUUCAGAGAUCCGGCGAUGCUUGAAUGAGGGAAUUGAGUUCCAAGGUGAGCUAUUGAAUUUUCGGAAGGACGGUGCUCCACUGUACAACAGGCUAAGGCUCAUUCCAAUGCAUGGGGAUGAUGGUUUUGUGACUCACGUCAUUGGAAUCCAGUUGUUCUCUGAAGCUAACAUUGAUCUUAGCAAUGUAUCAUAUCCAGUGUAUAAACAACAGUCCAACCACAGACCCAACAUUCAAGAGAUCAACCCUGCUUCUCAUGAACAUAUUCCUAAGAUUCAAAGUUCCGAGUACUGCUGCAUCCUCCAGCUCUCAGAUGAAGUUCUGGCGCACAACAUAUUGUCUCGCUUAUCGCCAAGAGAUGUUGCAUCCAUCGGAUCAGUCUGCACUAGAAUGCAUGAGUUGACCAAGAAUGAUCACCUGAGAAAGAUGGUAUGUCAAAACGCGUGGGGAAGAGACGUCACUGUGAGGCUUGAGAUGAGCACCAAGAUGUUAGGAUGGGGUCGUCUUGCAAGAGAGCUUACAACCCUUGAGGCAGCUUCAUGGAGGAAGUUUACAGUUGGAGGUCGUGUUGAGCCUUCCCGUUGCAACUUCAGUGCCUGUGCUGUUGGUAAUCGCCUUGUCCUGUUUGGAGGUGAAGGAGUCAACAUGCAGCCAAUGGAUGAUACCUUUGUGCUCAACCUGGAAUCUGCAAAGCCUGAAUGGCGCCGUGUCAAAGUUUCAGCUUCUCCACCCGGCCGGUGGGGGCACACUCUCUCAUGGCUGAAUGGCUCAUGGCUAGUGGUCUUUGGAGGCUGUGGACAGCAAGGUUUGCUCAAUGAUGUCUUUGUCCUUGACCUUGAUGCCAAGCAGCCCACCUGGAGGGAGGUUGCAAGCGAGGGCCCACCAUUGCCGAGGUCAUGGCACAGUUCAUGUACCCUGGAUGGAUCAAAGCUUGUUGUCUCAGGGGGGUGCACUGAAUCCGGUGUGCUCCUCAGUGACACAUUCCUGCUUGACCUCACCAAGGAAAAACCAGCAUGGAAGGAGAUCCCAACAUCCUGGUCACCACCAUCCCGCCUCGGCCACACCUUGUCCGUCUUUGGUAAGACCAAACUCUUCAUGUUUGGUGGGUUGGCAAAGAGCGGCUCUCUCCGGCUACGCUCCUGUGAUGCCUACACUAUGGACGCUGGUGAAGACAGCCCACAAUGGAGGCAACUGGCGACAACCGGGUUCCCGAGCAUCGGUCCACCUCCGAGGCUCGAUCAUGUCGCGGUCAGCCUCCCCUGUGGACGGAUAAUCAUAUUCGGUGGCUCCAUCGCUGGGCUGCACUCGCCCUCACAGCUGUUCCUCCUCGACCCAGCGGAGGAGAAGCCGACAUGGAGGAUUUUGAACGUCCCUGGCCAGCCACCCAAGUUCGCCUGGGGUCAUAGCACAUGCGUGGUUGGCGGCACCAGGGUUCUUGUCCUGGGUGGCCACACUGGGGAGGAGUGGAUUCUCAAUGAGCUCCAUGAGCUGUGCCUCGCGAGCAGGCCCGACGAAGAUGAGUGAUUCCCAACUCCAUUGCUUGUUCUUAUUUAUUUAGAUCCUAUGAUUAUUACUGAUAUCUGUUGUUGUCACAACCCUAUGUAAUAGUAGUAAAAAAGAAACAAAAAGAGGAUUACUGGUAGUUUUCAUCCUUAGAAGUUAGGAAAAAGAUCUGAAAAAAAAGUUAUGAAAUAAAGGUUUGUUCUAGUUUUUUUUUUUGUUUUC